GACAAAGGUCUGUAUAGUCAAGGCUCUGGUCUUCCCAGUGAUCACAUAUGGUUUUGAGAGCUGUACCGUAAAGAAGGCAGAACGCCAAAGAAUUGAUGCCUUCUAACUGUUGUGCUGGAGAAGCCUCCUGAAGGUGCCUUGGACAGCGAGGAGUCAAACCAGUCAAUUUUAAGGGAGAUCAACCCUGAAUAUUCUCUGGAAGGAUUGAUGCUGAAACUGAGGCUCCAGUAUUUUGGUCAUCUGAUGAGCACAAACGACUUAUUGGAAAAGUCCUUGAUACUGGGAAAGAUUGAGGGCCGAAGGAGAAGAGAGCAUCAUGGGAUUAGAUGGCUGGACAGCAUCGUGGAUGUCAUGAACAUGAACCUGGGCAAGCUCUGGGAGAUGGUGAGGGGUAGGAAAGCCUGGGGUGCUGCAGUCCAUGGGGUCUCAAAGGGUAGAACGCGACUGGGCAACUGAACAACAACAACAACACUUUGUGUCAUUUCCUUAAGAGGAAAAAACUCUAGGAAGCUAAAGAGAAGACAGAGAAGAAUCUCAAUUGGUGACACUUUUUUUCCAACCUCAUUUACACCUCAAUUUUGAGACACCUAUAAUAUUUAGGAAUUAACAGAAAGGUUACAAGACAGAUGUUUGACCCUUCUUAAAUUAUUUGUUUAGAAGUAUUUGUUGUCCAUGGAAUCCAGCUAAAAGACUGUCAGUUACCGAAACAUCCCUGCAAGCCAACUGCUUUCAGAAAGACCUCUAUGACUAGCACAAGAUGGUGCCCCUAGCAUAUUAUGAUCAACACUUUGUGCCCUUAGAAUACUCUUACCAACUGGCCGCAACCAGCUCAUCAGCACGUCAAUACACAGAUGAAAAAUUAAAUCAACCCAAUAACCAAUCUGUGGUCAGAGUACAAUCCCAUAGUAAUAACCUUGUAGUGCCUCCACCAAACUCUAGCCAGAAGGUACAGAGAUGCUCAGAAUUGCCCUCUGUCAUGUCUCAGGACACAAUUACAGGGGACUGCUAUAACAGGGUUCUAAAAUCACCAUUAUCUCACGCCAAACGUCAGGCCACACCUUCACUACACCUCCAGCGGAGAACUCCCUUGUGGCCUAAUAAGAAAGCCCUGAGCUCGCCUUUGUCCCACCCUAAACCUCAGAACACAUCUUCAUUUGACCUCAUUAAGACAUUGUCACCAGAGCCCAGUCAAACAGACUGGAGCUCACAGUUAUCCUUUCCUAAACCUCAGAAUACAUCUUCCCUAGAUCUUUUCUGGACAUCACCUCCACUGAAGUCUAUUCGAAGAGUGUCAAGUUCAUCACUAUAUGUCAAUCAUCAAGAAACUCCUUCCCCAGACUACCUAUGGACAUCAUCAUCUUUGGAACCUAAUCAAAGAGCCUUUAGUUCAGCAUUACCCCAGUCCAAGCCUCAGAAAGCUUCUUCAUUGGACAGCCUGUGGUCAUCUUUAUUAGAGCGCAAUCAAAGAUGCUUGAGCUCACCUUCUCUCAACUCUACAUCUCAAAUAAAUGACUUGUUUCAGACAUCACCUGAAGCCCAGCAUUUGGAGCCCAGUCAAAUGACUCUGAGCUCAUCAUUACCUGACCCCAGACUUCAGACACCACCUGUAUUGAGGUCCAAUUCCAGUGUUCUGAGAUUACCACUGUCCAAUUCAAAACCAAGAAAGUCACCUUUACCACACUCUGUCCACCAGUCAAAGAGUUUGCCGUUGUUCCAGCCCAAAACACUUGAUCAUGACUUCAGGACCCCGAGCUCAGCAAUGUGUCACUCCAGAUUGCAGGACACCACUUCACCAAGUGACAAACACAAAGCCAGAGAUCUUUCCUCACCUCAUCCCAAACCAAAUGUCUCAGGUCAAUCGUUAUUCAGCUCCAGGCACUCCAUGAGGAGCAUAGCUGCUUUAACACUGGGCUCCAGACUCCAGCGAAAAAGCAGUUUCGGUCAUUGUGAAGAGACGGGACCCAGUAAAGAAAUUCCAUGGACUUUAGAUUACACUCAACCCUGCAUUGUUAAAGGUGGAACUGUCCCCAGUGAUGUGGUAAAUAAAAUCGUCAAUUCUCUCUCCAAGACCAGAAUCCAGAGGGAUCUCUGUAGGCAGAUUCUCUUUCGAAGGAUGAGGGGAAGACCAAACCCUCGUCCUGGCCCCCGCCUUUCAUCAAGUUAUAUGGUUUGCUUGGCCUGUGCUUCCUGCGUCAGAUCUCAUUGCAGCCAUCUUACAGGAAGGAAGGACCCCCACGCCGCCACACUCUUUGUCAUCCCAACUCCUGAACUCACUCGUGAGAAGGAGAUAACGGUGAAACUAGUUUUUAUCCUUUCCCUACCAGAGACUACUUUUUUGCUCCCUGUGAAAGAAAAUCAGCCUGAUGAAGCCCCUGAAGACAAUCUUGAAGGAAUGGAGAAGAUAUCAAACAUUUUCCCUACCUCGGAAUCUGAUAUCACUCUGGGAGCUAAUGAGAAGAAGACCUGGCUGACAGUAGCCCCCGAAAAGCAAGCUGUAAGCCAACAGCCCCAGGCUGUAGACUGGCUGCUCUAUGUGAAGAAAAACAGCAGCCCUCAGUUCCAGUCCGUACUCCCGUCCUCUUCCUCCUCCACGUCUUUGUCCUCCUCAUCCUCUUCAUCUUCCUCCUCCUCUUCCUUUUCCACCAUAGCCCCCUUACCCCCUCCUCCUCCCCCAAAAGAGUCUGCCGUCUCAGACUGUGUGGUCACUAAGUUACUUAGUUACCACCGGUUGCCUCCAGGGGUCUCCUGGCUUGAGUUUAUAUGUAGUAAAAAUCACCAGCCACUUCCUGGAAAACCACGUCCAAGUCAGUCACCAUCUCCCAAAGCAAGGCCUAUGAGGAAUAGCACCACAGUUAAAAGGAGAAAGGGGCCCAAGACAGUGUUCAAAAUUUUCCAGACAAAGUUUCAAAAUGAGAGAAAUCUUGAUUAAAUUAACUUUUUGUUUCUUUGAAGGCAGUUGACCUCUUAGUUCUUUGACAUUAGUUUGAUUUCCUAUCAUGCUUAUUAAAAUUCUUAGUAUUAACUAAGUGUGCCUCUGUAUUUCAGCUGAUAAAGCAAUUAGUUAAGGGGAACUAUUACUUUUAAGUCUAUUUGAAGAGUCUUAAAUAAUAGACUUAUUAAUAGUCUUAAAUAAUAGACUAAUAACAGUCUUAAAUAAUAGACUAUGAACUUCUAGAAGCCCAAAAUGGAAUCCUGUGUUUUUAACCAUGUGCCUGGCUUACAGUAGCCACUAGAAAUAAAUGAAUUAAUAAUAAUUGACCACAGACCAUAAAUAUCUUAUUUGUCUUGCCUUGAACAGUAUCCAACUCACUGUUAUCCUCCUUCCUCAUAAGGCAUAAUAGUGAUGAUAUCCUUAAAACAACUUAUGCUAAUCUGGUUCCCUAUCUCUAAAGAAAAUUAAGAUCAUGUUUAACAGUUAAUACAUAUAGGAAGGAAUUUUUUCAGUCAUGUGUUCCUAGAGAAAAUUCUAUGGUAAGAUCCCACACUCUUAAAUGCAACAAUUUAUUCAACCUUAGCAAAUCUCAGAAAAGAAUAACCAACUGGUACAGAUAACCCUACCUCAUGCCAACCGUACCAGUAUUUAAAUUAUAGGCUGUAAAGUCACCUGCUCAUCACUUCUACUUAUACAAAAUAAAUGAGUUAAUAAAAAUGUUUAAAAAAUUGUUUCUGUUCCACUGGGUCUACUAGUAGCGGGAAGAAAAGGGAAUUGUCUUACCUACUACCUUAAAUAAUUAUACCUAUCCGAAAGAGCUAGAAUUAGUUUCUCUUGCAUACACUGAUGACUCACAAUUCUACCUCUCCAACUCUACUUCUUUCUAAUCACUAGAUUGCAUAUCAUACAUUCCAACUGGAACAUUGUGCAGGCAUCUUAAACUCAACAUAACCAACCCAGAAUUUAUCAUCUUUACCUUUACACUUGGCAUCUACACAUUACAGUCCUUUGUCCUCUGUGUUCCCUGUUUUAGUGGAUGUUCCACCAUCUGUCAUGGAGUCUGUUUUCUCAUUGCCCGCCCUCCUCCAAGUCCAUGAGUUCCAUGACCUUAUUCUCUAUAGAAUCUAGCUUUUUUCUCCAGCCCUAUUGCCACUAUUCUAGUUGUGGUCACAGAUUUGUCAGCUGGAUUACUGAAAUAACUCCUAAACAUGCAUUUUAACUUUUGAGCGUAUUUCUGAGAUCAAAGUUGAUGAUACCAUUUCACUGUUGGUAACCCUUUUUCAUUGCCCAUUGUUCUCUUAGGAAAGUCUUAAUUCCUUCUGUGAUUGAGUCAUGAUAAUUUUCAAGACUGAUUUCUUUCUCUUUUCCAGUCUCAGCCACAUUAAUUUCUCUACAGUGGGAAGCAAGCCUCCUACAUUUCCAAAUCAACAAUUCUGGUGUCCAGAAUGAUCUUUCCAUUUAUACAUUUUUGCUCUACAGAGCUCUAAAAUCUUCUGGGAAACCUUUUCCUGAUCCACUUACAACUGAAGGGUUUAGUUGGCUUUCUUAUUACCAUGAAACUUUAUUUUUACUCUUUAUACUGAU